AUGGGCUAUGUUCUUGGAGAUGGAAUGUGCUUGCAAGAUUCUGCUGUUUAUGGCUUUUUGCUACAAGGGGUCAAAUACGGCUUUGCAGCAGUGGAUGUCUACAAGGAUAGCUUACUGGUAAUCGAAGCGAUUGACAUCUAUAAUAUAUUCGAUUUAAAAAUGAGCAUUUUAGAAGAUUGGCCGAAUUUACUUGGUUUGCUGAGUGGGUUGUGUAACGACACUAUUGCGUCACGCUAG